CCAUUCACUGCAGAGGAUCCAUUGCUGAGCAAAUUUUCAUUUUUGGUUGAAGUAUUCCUUUAACAUGUAUAUAACGCAUACACACUAACAUUUUGUCUCAUACACUGAACACAUGAUCCUGCUGUUGUGUCUCUGUCUUUAAGAAGGUACAGGGUGCUCUAAAUUUGUUUGUUUUCUGAGUCUGCUCUAUAACAGAGCUGGAGGGAUUGUGGGUUGUUAUGACAAUGAGUAAACCUCCUUGUUGCUGUAUGAUAUGGCUGGGUUUCUAAGUUGUGUAAAUUGAAAAUCUCUCAGCUUGUGUGCUUGAACUGGGUGUAGUUUUGUUUUAAAUCAUUGUGCUUCAUUUGUCACCAGUUUACAGCUUUCUCUUAUUUAAUUGUAUUUUUUACAGGGAAUCACAGCCGUAGUACCUCCUCGAGCUCCAGAAGUUGUGCGGCAUUUAGUCUGAUGCUGGAAGCUGUCUGAAUAUUUGAUGUCUGAUUUGCUUUUGCUUGUUCAGGUCAACAAAAUUAGCUGUUACUGUUCAAUCUUAUUUAAGAUGUUAAUUUUAUUUUUACAACUUGUAUUUUUGAUCAUCGUUCUGAAGAUGCACCGGAUGAAGCUGAACUGCUGUCACUGUUUGAACAAUCGUUUUUUGAAUAAUUGUAGAUUUUUCAUUGUGUAUCUUUUGUCUUUGGACUCUUUCCUGGACAUGGGACCAGUGGACAAGAGAUCAUGUGGACUUUUGUUUAUUGUUUUCUUUUUUCGGAAUUGGAAGAUGGAAAUGAUCAAGUAAAUGGUUUAGUCGCGGACUUUUAUUUUGAAGAGGUGUGAAGGGCAGGGCGCUGACUUCCGCCUGGCCGAAGACAGCAGGAGCUGAGAUCAGGGCGGAUUCACCGAGUCUGGAGAAACAUGGACAGUCAAGGCAGGAAAGUGGUGGUGUGUGACAACGGGACCGGGUUUGUGAAGUGUGGAUAUGCUGGCUCUAAUUUCCCAGAGCACAUAUUCCCGGCUCUGGUGGGGAGACCGAUCAUCCGCUCCACAGCCAAAGUGGGAAACAUCGAGAUCAAGGACCUGAUGGUGGGCGACGAGGCGAGCGAGCUGCGCUCCAUGCUGGAGGUGAACUACCCGAUGGAGAACGGGAUCGUGAGGAACUGGGACGAUAUGAAGCACCUGUGGGACUAUACUUUCGGCCCCGAGAAGCUCAACAUCGACUCCCAGAACUGCAAGAUCCUGCUCACAGAGCCGCCCAUGAACCCCACCAAGAACCGAGAGAAGAUCAUCGAGGUGAUGUUUGAGACCUAUCAGUUCUCAGGCGUUUAUAUCGCCAUCCAGGCCGUGCUCACUCUGUACGCUCAAGGUCUGCUGACGGGUGUGGUGGUGGACUCUGGAGACGGUGUCACUCAUAUCUGUCCAGUGUAUGAAGGUUUUUCUCUUCCUCAUCUCACGCGGCGUCUGGACAUCGCCGGACGCGACAUUACACGCUACCUCAUCAAGCUGUUGUUGUUGAGAGGUUAUGCCUUCAAUCACUCAGCGGACUUCGAGACAGUGAGGAUGAUGAAGGAGAACCUGUGUUACGUGGGCUAUAACAUCGAGCAGGAGCAGAAGCUUGCGCUGGAGACCACCGUGCUGGUGGAGUCCUACACGCUGCCGGAUGGUCGGGUGAUUAAAGUGGGCGGCGAGCGGUUCGAGGCUCCGGAGGCUCUGUUCCAGCCUCACCUCAUUAACGUGGAGGGAGUGGGUGUGGCUGAACUGCUCUUCAACACCAUCCAUGCCGCUGACAUCGAUACCAGGUCAGUUUAA